AUGAAUAAUGUGGUGAACGCGUUGAUGGUGACUCGGUUUCUGACUCGGAACCAACUCAGCGGCCACGAGGGAGGCAUUCCGUUCGGAUCGUUGUGGUGGUUCAUUUACGCCGGACUCUCGUGCUUCUUCGUUAUCUUCGCCGGAAUAAUGUCCGGAUUAACCCUAGGUCUCAUGUCUCUCGGCCUCGUCGACCUCGAGAUCCUUCAACGCAGUGGUUCUCCUACCGAGAAAAAGCAAGCAGCGACUAUAAUUCCCGUGGUUAAGAAACAACACCAGCUUCUGGUGACUCUGCUUCUGUGUAAUGCAGCUGCCAUGGAGGCGCUUCCGUUAUACUUGGAUAAGUUGUUCAAUCAGUUUGUUGCCAUCAUUCUCUCUGUGACUUUUGUUCUGUUUUUUGGGGAGGUCAUUCCACAGGCAAUUUGCAGUAGAUAUGGGCUUGCUGUAGGGUCCAACUUCGUAUCUCUUGUGCGAAUUUUAAUGAUAAUAUGUUACCCAAUUGCUUAUCCCAUUGGAAAGGUUCUAGAUUUCCUGUUGGGACAUAAUGAGGCUUUAUUUAGGCGGGCACAGUUAAAAGCUCUCGUCUCCAUCCACAGCAAGGAGGCUGGGAAAGGUGGUGAUCUUUCGCAUGACGAGACAACAAUUAUCAGUGGAGCUCUAGAUUUAACUGAAAAGACUGCUGAAGAGGCUAUGACCCCUAUCGAAUCGACUUUUUCUUUAGAUGUCAAUUCAAUAUUGGAUUGGGAGGCAAUGGGGAAAAUUCUUGCUCGUGGGCACAGCCGGGUUCCUGUCUAUUCUGGAAAUCCAAAAAAUAUUAUUGGACUACUGCUGGUUAAAAGUCUUCUAACUGUACGACCAGAAACAGAGACUCCUGUCAGUGCUGUUUCCAUCCGGAGAAUUCCACGAGUUCCAUCGGACAUGCCUCUCUAUGAUAUACUGAAUGAGUUUCAAAAGGGCAGUAGUCACAUGGCUGCUGUUGUUAGAGCUAAAGGAAAAGGAAAUGCAAAUGCACAAACAAAUGGAGACAAAAAUGAAGAAAGCAAAGACAAUGGGGAUUCGCAGUUGACUACGCCAUUGCUACAGAGUGAAAAAUCGAAGAGUGUUGUUGUUGACAUUGACCAGCCCUCAGAUGCUCUCAGUCCCAGAAGUAAGGAGCGAAUUGCUUCGCAAUCUAAUGAUAUAAUAAGAAAUGGUUGUUUUUCAGAAAGUAUUGAAGACGGUGAAGUGAUUGGUAUUAUCACUCUAGAGGAUGUGUUCGAAGAACUUCUGCAAGAGGAGAUUGUGGAUGAGACAGAUGAAUAUGUUGAUGUUCAUAAGAGAAUACGUGUUGCUGCUGCUGCAGCUGCUUCCUCUAUUGCACGAGCGCCAUCAAUCCGAAGGUUGGCUAAGGGAGUGGGAGGAACUAAACCGCAGUCUCCGAGGCGACAUGAGGCGCUAACUGCAAGGAGAUCUACAUGGGACGAUUCGUUAUAUUCUUCAGGUUCCCAGUGAACUUCUUCUUAGCUAGCCUACCGAGAAAUAGUGACAAUUUGAUGAGCUUAGUUAGUAUCACUUUUUUGGUUAACAAUAUUAUGUUCAUAUUCUUUCUGGAAAGGCAAUAAACACGUCUAGUGUUGUUAUAGUGCAAGCU